AGACGCGCUUGUUGCGUCAUCGCGUGAUUUGGCAAGUCAGGGUGUACGUUUUGCUUCGGUUACGUGUAUCUUGUUACUGUUGCGUUGAGAUGAAACGAGCUUAGUAGGGGGCAACACCUGUGAAGGGGUUUGUAUUCAUUAAAGGUUGAGACUAUGAGUAGCUAUACGAUCCGGUACGAUCACGUGACUCCAUACAAAGUCCCCACCGGUGUGUGAAGACCCAGAGAGAGCAUGAUCUACGUCAUUAUGGGAGUCUCGGGCUGUGGCAAAAGUGCCUUAGGUGCCUUGCUUUCAGAAAAGAUGGGCUUGCCCCUGCAUGAAGGUGAUCACUUCCACCCACAGGCAAAUAUUGAGAAGAUGGCCCGUGGUGAACCACUCACAGAUCAGGACCGAUUGCCUUGGCUUCUCAAACUACACGAAGUCAUUGAGAGAGAGCGGGGUUCGGGCCGCGAUGCCUUCGUGGCGUGCUCCGCUUUGAAGCGUCUCUACAGACAGAUCCUGCUCCACGGCUCCAAAGCUCUGGAUCCCCCCAACGGUCCAGACGGAGAAGUCCUGCCUCCAUCCCCUCCCCAUGUCUUGUUUCUCUUUCUACGCGGCGACUACGAUCUGGUCCAGCGGAGGGUGGCUGCCCGGAGGGGACACUACAUGAAAGCAGGGCUGCUGCGUUCCCAGUUCGACGUUCUCGAGCCUCCAUCGGAUGAGGAGAACGUGUUGCCCUUGGACCUCAGCAGGAGCGUCGGUGACUUGGCCACGGAGGUCCAGGAGCACAUCGCUAGGCUCACGUCGUUGACGUGACCCUCGGAUCAUCUCUAGUUCGGGUCUUAGAAUAAAACACAGACUGCUUUUGCAGCCGUGGAGGUUUGGGCUUUAUUUAACCAUUAGCUCCUCACGGUGAAAACAUGUCCAAACACGGCAUGUUCCGUUCACCCCUAUCCUUGCCGUGAGGUAUUUGAUAUUGCAACGGUUUUAAUUCAUGAGUUUUUUUUUUGCAAAUGAGAGAGAAGCCUCCAAGAGCAUAAAAUAGAUCACAUGAAGUGAUGUAGUGUGGGUUGAUUCAGUAGGGCACUAUAACAUUUAAGUAAAAUUAUGGUUUUAAGACAAUGAUUUAUUUCCUUUUUUUUUAAUAGCAUGUUUCAUUUUUAAUUUGACCUAUUAAUGUAAUCAAUAUAUUUUGAAAUACCUGUAAGUUCCCUUUGGUUUAGAGGUUAGAAUUAACUUGUGGACACCAGCGCGUGACACCCGUGGAAAAACACAUGCAAUGUAUUGACAGACCUCUAUAAUGGUGAUUAAAAGUGCAAUCUUCAAACUGCAUGCGAUUAUGUAGAGCAAUUAAAGGUUUAGUUUUAACACUCUACUGCUAAAUGCUGCUGUGAAGGAGGUCUAGCUCCUCUGACACUAGCUUGAUACCACACUAAAGGUCAGAUCAGGUCACGGCUUCAUGAUUCCUAUUCUAUGAGCCUCUUCAGACUCGCACAUCCACCCGAGAUGCCACAACACACUCAAGCACACAAGCACCUCCACUCGGCACCGUAGAGCUGUUUUUGUGGAGUGACUCAUCUGCAGACCUCAAUCCGAAUAUUUUAGGAGCUUCUAAUCCAGAAAAAAAAACCUUUGGCUACUCUCAUAUCUCGCUCAUGCAGACGAUUGGGCACACACACUGCAGCACAGACACAAACACAUGCAUCACCAGAGAUUAAACCCUUCCUCCGUUUGGCCGUGACACACAACAGCACACAGGUUGUCGACAACAGCACACAGGCAUCGCGUACACACAUAUCUGAUGCUGGAGAAAGGGUCGCAUUUGUCAGUUAAUCCAAAAAAAGGUGCAUCGCUCUCAGAUUCACACACAUCCUAUUCAGCAAAUGAAUAGUUGGCUAGAGAUCGCCUGUAAAUAUGACAGUGCUUGUAUUUGUUUAAAUUAGGGCCGGGACUUUAGCGCGUUAAUUACGAUUAAUUAAUUACAAUGUGAAUUAAGAUUAAUUAAUUACACAAAAAAUAACACAUUAAACAUUUUUUACGCAUUUUUACACUUAUUUUUUGCACCGCGGAACGUUUCUCACUGGAUGAGUUUCGGAGGACCGAUUAUACUGGAGCACCAACUAGCGUUCAUGACUUCAGACAACAACAAACCACAGUGAACAUGAACGAAGAAGCUGACGAGACCGUGUCGGGUGGCCCCGUGAAUGGGAAAUCUUAUUAUAUAAGUCCUAAGUUCUAACAUCAACGUGCUAGAAACGGGUAAAUUUAUUGAUUAUGUGUCAUGUUGUAACGUAAGGUUGAAAGAGAGACGAUAACAUCAUUAAGAUUAUCAUAAUAAUGAAUGAACUGGUCGGCGAAAUUUGGUCUACGCAAAGACGUGAUUUCAACGCAUUUAAGAUUUUUCUUAAAACCUCAUGAAUAUGGAAAUACAGAGUGUGUGUCUGUUACGCCGCCACCCCGGCUCGGGAGAGGAGAUGGGGCGUAACAAUAUGCUUUAAUGACAAAAUAAUGCGCGCCGUUUCAAACAUUAGUUGAAAACACGUAACUCUGAUCACAUCUGUAACGCGCAUGCGCAGGUUCUUCCACCGGGGGCAGCGCGAGGGGAAGUGUGUCCGGGAGCAGAGCGACGUGAACGGGCUGAUACAACCACGGCUACCGGCCCCAAUACUCUGUAGGUACGUGAGUGUUUUAAUGAAGCACACCUGGAACUAUAACCAGUUAUUUUACUUGUGCCGCCCACUCGAUACGGGAAGGACUGUUAUGUUAUGUUUGGUAAGCUAGUUAGCGUUAGCGCAGAUAGUUUGCUAGUUAGCACGCUAGCUUGGAGCAUGCUAGCUCGGAGCAUGCUAGCGUUCAACAUGAACUGGACCAAAAGUAAACCUCAUAGAGUAUUUUCAGUGUGUUUUGUGUUGCUUAUGCGUUAGGUUGUUGCUGUACCCAUAUCAUAUUAUUGCCGUUCCCAUUUCAUGUAGAAAAUACACGUUUUUAAAGCAACUAAACACAUAUUGCAGGUGAAUUCAACAAGUUGUGGCCUGUAAACAAGCUAGCCAAAACAUUGUAAGUUACUGCAUGCUUAAAGCAACAUUGUAAAGUAUGGUACUGUAUAAUAUACCUGGAAAUGUUACUCCAGAAAUGCCAUAAAUUGUUUAUAAUGUCAGUAACAAGUAAACAAUCCAUAAAUAAGGGUUCUAAAACUCCUGCUACUGUUAUCAUUAUUAGUCACUUUUUUAUUACUGUCAUAAACCCAUAUUACACACUUUGCCUUUUGUUCUUCCCUCCUCACAAGUUCCUGUGGAUGGAGGUUACAUCUGAUGGAGUUUGUCCCUGCAGUUGUCCUCCCUUACACCUGGUGUACUACUCUGAAUAUUUUGAUUAAUUUCUGUCAUAGGAAUUGAACGUACUGUACAUCUUUAAGUUGUUUUUUGGUGAUGGUUUUGCGACAGGAUGCUGCAUGUUUACAGACUGUAAAGCUCCCUCAGGCUUAUUUUUCAUUUUGGGUUGAACAAAAUAAAAUGAAUUGAAUUGAAUUAACUUGUUGACUAGAGGCAUCUGCAACUGAGGGGUGUUCUGCGCAUUCUGCAUCAUUGAGUGAUGAUGAGGGAGACGGAGCUGAUUUCAGGUAUACGAUCCAGAUUCAAGUGACUCAGAGCCAGAUCUUGUUACAGAAUCUGAAAAUGAAGUGCCAAUGAUUCAGAAAAAUGGUUUACAAACAGAAAAUUCUAAACUAACUGGUUCAUGUUGUUGCUCCACUUAUAAUUUCAUAGUUUAUUUUCACAAAAUAUAAUUUAUUUUUGUAUUCUGUUUUGUAUAGGAAAAGUGUUUAGUGUUAUAUUGAUAUGAAUAAAUACAAAUUAAUCUUGUUAAGGGCUGUUGACAUGAUUGACAACUGUCAACAGCUGACUGUGUGUAACUUGUACUUUUCCAGCGAGCAAUUUUGCUGUUGAAAAGACGUUGAAAAUUGGUUUAAAAGUGAAAGUUGUUUCAACGUCUAUUCGUAGACGUUUAUUCAACGUCUUUUCAACCAAAAAAUGUUCACUGGGACACGUCCCUGUCACUAAUGCCAAAUGCCCCAAAUUUCUGUACUUUAAACCUUAUCUGGGUUCAACCCUCAAGGGACAUGGUGGCUCUUCCUAAAUCCUUUUUUAGUUUUGGGUAACUGACAUUUAUAAUGGGAUAUUGCCCCAGAGACGGAUUGGUGCAUCUUGGAGGAU